AUGGUCCGCCUACCGCUCCCACAGAGGCUCAGCUCACACUUGUCGGUCCGAAGCUCGAGCUCUACCCCCGGACAGAGCAGGAGUACUAGUCCGAUGCGCUCCGUGGAAACCAGGCCUCUCCUAAUCAAAGUGUCCGUGAUCAAGGGACGAAAUCUUGCGGCCAAGGAUCGAGGUGGGACAAGUGAUCCGUAUCUAGUGGUGACAUUAGGAGACGCAAGGCAAUCAACGCCGACGAUAACGAAGACCCUGAACCCGGAAUGGAACGUGUCGUUCGAGAUGCCCGUGGUGGGCGUACCGCUUUUAGAAUGUAUUUGCUGGGAUCAUGAUCGGUUCGGCAAGGACUAUCUGGGCGAGUUCGACAUUGCACUAGAAGACAUCUUUGAAGAGGGGCAAAUCAGCCAAGAGCCCAAAUGGUACACCCUCAAAUCAAAACGAAUAUCGCAACGUUCGAGCCGGAAGAAGAAGAAGAAGAAGGACGGCAACGUCUCAGGAGAAAUCCUCUUGCAAUUCUCGCUCGUCGACUCCGCAAAUAUUGCCGCAACACCUUCGGACACAUAUCGCAAAUUUAGAGGCCUGGUGAGCACCAGUGAGGAGGAUGAUCAGCUUGACCAGAUUCCCACUGCCGAUGACCUUGACGAUCUGGACGAUCAGGAGACUUCCGAUGAGACGGAUGAUCUGUCGAAACCGGAGAUCGUUGAAAAGCGCCGAAGGCGCCUCCGGCUGGCUCGUUUGAGACGCAAGUCCUUGGCUGCCAGGGCGUAUCAAUUCUCAGGCUCGGGAAGUGGUGUCCAAGGUAUUGUAUUCAUAGAAAUCAUCCGGGUGACUGAUCUUCCUCCGGAAAGGAAUGUGACACGAACGUCGUUCGACAUGGACCCCUUCGUCGUUACAUCUCUUGGGAGAAAGACGCUCAGAACACCCGUUGUGCGCCACAACCUGAACCCAGUCUACCACGAGAAGAUGGUUUUCCAAGUCAUGAAACAUGAACAGACCUACACCAUCAGUUUCACCGUGAUGGAUCGAGACAAGUUCUCGGGCAAUGAUUUUGUCGCCUCUGCCAAUUUCCUUCUGCAGAAACUCAUCCAGACGGCCCCAGAGGCAGAUCCUGAGUCUGGUUUGUAUCACUUUGUUGAGUCUGAUGAACCGAGCCCCAUUCCUAAAACUUCAUCUGGAUUUGCCGUUAGCCCGUCACCAUCCUCUAAGAGUCUUUCCAAGAUGGGCCGGCCUGCAUUGAAGACGCGUAACUCAGGGAAUUCGGUCUCCAGCCAGUCCAUGUUAUCGAUACCUUCCAAGGCUCCUCCCACAUCUGUUCCGGAAGAACCGAGCUUGAAUCUGGAUAGCAGCUCCACCAUUCAGAUUCCUGCAACGCUCCCCAUUGACUCUAGCGAUCCCCCUCCCCCGACAGACGAGGAAGGAUUCCGGCCAUAUCUGAUCCCUCUGACCCUCAAGAACCGAGAUAGAUGGGAAGACAAGCAUACCCCCGAGCUGCAUAUCAGAGCAAAGUAUCUACCAUACAGCGCACUCCGACAGCAGUUCUGGAGACUCAUGCUGAAACAAUAUGACGCGGAUGACAGCGGCCGCAUCGACAAGGUUGAGAUGACUACGAUGCUCGACACCCUUGGAUCCACUCUGAAGGAAUCGACCAUCGAUAGCUUUUUCCACCGAUUCGGGGCCGAAAACGAGCCCAGCGACACUGCCGACUUGACUUUUGACCAGGCUGUGAUCUGUCUGGAAGACACCCUACGAAUCUUGCAAAAGCGGAAUUCCGUUUUACCACCCCUUCCCGGAAGACCUGGACUUACAUCGUCAGUUGGAAGCCAAGAAAGUGAGGAGCCAUCCAGCAGCAGCGAUGAGCUCGCUUUAGAAUCCAGCACCGUCUUACCAUCCAAUACUGACCCGCGCGACACAGCUGUUCCAACAAUCUCUAGCGACGAACAGCCCAGUUCGAACGAUGACGAACUACGACCCGAUGACCUUGGAGAUGAAAGGGGAGAAGAACACGUUGUAGAAAUCCGGGAAUGCCCCCUGUGUCACCAGCCUCGCCUCGGAAAACGAUCGGAUGCAGAUAUCAUCACUCAUAUUGCCACGUGUGCCAGCCGUGACUGGCGCCAGGUCGACAAUCUCGUCAUGGGUGGCUUUGUGACAUCCAGUCAGGCCCAGCGCAAAUGGUACUCCAAGGUCAUUACCAAAAUCUCCUACGGCGGAUAUAAGCUCGGGGCCAAUUCCGCCAAUAUUCUUGUCCAGGACCGGAUCACAGGCCAAAUCAAUGAGGAGCGCAUGAGUGUCUAUGUCCGUCUCGGAAUCCGCUUGCUCUACAAGGGUCUCAAGAGUAAGGACAUGGAAACGAAGAGAAUUCGCCGUGUUCUGCGUUCCCUUAGUAUCAAACAAGGACGGAAAUACGACGAUCCGGCAUCGACCAGUCAGAUCCGGGACUUUAUUAAUUUCCACCAGUUGGACAUGUCAGAGGUCCUCAUGCCUAUAGAGAAGUUCCGUAGCUUCAACGAGUUCUUUUAUCGUGCAUUGAAGCCCGACGCUCGCCCAUGCUCUGCUCCUAACGAACCUAGAAUUGUUGUGUCUCCUGCCGACUGUCGCUCCGUCGUCUUCGACAGAAUGGAUGAAGCCACCAGCAUCUGGGUGAAGGGCCGAGAAUUUUCUGUCGAGAGAUUGCUAGGCGAUGCCUACCCCGAGGACGCGGAUCGGUACCGCAAUGGCGCACUGGGUGUGUUCCGCCUAGCGCCUCAGGAUUACCACCGAUUCCACGUUCCCGUGGACGGAGUCAUGGGAGAGCCUAAGACCAUUGAGGGCGAGUAUUAUACAGUGAACCCAAUGGCUAUCCGCUCUGCACUGGACGUUUAUGGUGAAAAUGUACGAGUACUGGUUCCUAUUGACUCGGUUGCACAUGGCCGCGUUAUGGUCGUCUGUGUGGGAGCCAUGAUGGUUGGCAGCACGGUGAUCACUCGCAAGACAGGCGAAAAGGUCAGCCGAGCGGAAGAGCUUGGGUACUUCAAGUUUGGUGGUAGUACGCUACUAGUCUUGUUUGAGGAGGGAGUGGUCAACUUUGAUAGAGACCUUGUGGAUAACUCCAAAGGUGCUCUAGAGACACUGAUCCGAGUCGGCAUGUCUAUUGGCCACGGCCCCAACAUGCCUCCGCAUGAGCCGGAUAUGCCGAAGAAGGCAGAAAACGUCACUGAGGAAGAAAUGCAAGAGGCCAAGCGGCGCAUUGAAGGUAGCGUGGCGCCUCCGAGCGGUCUGGCCACCUUCGGCGCCGUACCUUAA